CCCCUCCCAUUCACCGCCCCUCUGUCCGUCGUAUCCUUCUUCUCCUUCUGCGUUGAUGCCGUCCAUUCAAUCCUUCAUCCGCCGAAGCAAAUUCUCAAUAACUUUUUGACACAAAAAGUGCUCCACACAUGGCUUACACCACAGCGGGAGGGACUAAGAAGAAGGUCUGCUAUUACUAUGACGGUGACAUUGGAAAUUACUACUAUGGACAAGGGCAUCCCAUGAAACCUCACCGCAUCCGAAUGACCCAUAACCUCCUCCUAAACUAUGGACUGUACAGGAAAAUGGAAAUCUAUAGACCACACAAAGCCACAGCAGAGGAGAUGACAAAGUAUCACAGUGACGACUACAUCAAGUUCCUUCGAUCCAUCAGGCCAGACAACAUGUCUGAGUUCAGCAAGCAAAUGCAGCGGUUCAACGUCGGAGAGGACUGUCCUGUGUUUGACGGCUUGUUUGAGUUCUGCCAACUCUCUGCUGGAGGCUCAGCUGCGGGUUCAGUGAAGUUAAACCGACAGCAGACGGACAUCGCAGUGAACUGGGCAGGAGGAUUGCACCACGCAAAGAAGUCUGAGGCCUCAGGGUUCUGCUACGUCAACGACAUUGUCCUGGCCAUCUUGGAGCUGCUAAAGUACCACCAGAGGGUGCUGUACAUCGAUAUAGACAUCCACCAUGGGGAUGGAGUGGAGGAGGCCUUCUACACCACAGACAGGGUCAUGACGGUGUCCUUCCAUAAGUACGGGGAGUAUUUCCCUGGAACUGGAGACCUCAGGGAUAUUGGAGCUGGAAAAGGCAAAUACUACGCUGUCAACUUCCCCCUGCGGGAUGGCAUCGAUGAUGAGUCAUAUGAGCAAAUCUUCAAACCUGUUAUGGCCAAAGUGAUGGAGAUGUACCAGCCCAGUGCUGUGGUUCUUCAGUGCGGUGCAGACUCUCUAUCGGGAGACCGGCUCGGCUGCUUCAACCUCACUAUCCGAGGUCAUGCUAAGUGUGUGGAGUACAUGAAGUCCUUCAACCUGCUGCUCAUGCUGGGUGGAGGAGGAUACACCAUCCGCAACGUGGCCCGAUGCUGGACCUAUGAGACCGCUGUGGCUCUGGACACAGACAUCCCUGAUGAACUGCCAUACAAUGACUACUUCGAGUACUUUGGACCAGACUUCAAGCUGCACAUUAGCCCCUCCAACAUGACCAACCAGAACACACAGGAGUACAUGGACAAGAUCAAGCAGAGGCUCUUUGAGAAUCUGCGGAUGCUUCCUCAUGCUCCUGGAGUCCAGAUGCAGGCCAUCCCCGAGGACGCCGUCCCAGACGACACUGUGGAUGAGGACACAGAGGAUCCUGACAAACGCUUGUCCAUUCGUGCCACAGAUAAGAGAAUAGCCUGUGACGAAGAGUUCUCCGACUCCGAGGAUGAAGGAGAAGGCGGCAGGAGGAAUGUAGCCAAUCACAAAAAGGGAGCGAAAAGGCCCCGAGUGGAUGAGGACAAGAAGGAAGGAGAGGAGAAGAAGGCUGAGGUAAAAGAGGAAGAGAAGACAAAGGACAGCAGUGCUGAGAAGACGGAGUCAAAAAGUGUGAAGACUGAGCAGACCAGCAGUGCCUGAAUGGUUCUUAAACCGACCCAACCCAAACGGUGCUGUCCUCCCUUCAGGAUCCAACUCCUCAGCUGAUCACCACUGGAAGCAUGAUAUUUAUUACAACUCUCCAUUUUCUACUUGUAAAUCUCCGCGUGAACUGUUGAGCUUUGUGUAGUGUGUCUGUGGAUGUUUCUGAAGUCACCACUUGAAUUCAAACCAUUAUCACUUUUUUUCCUAUUAUGAUUUUUUUUUUUUUGUUCCAAUGUGCUUGAUCUUCUGAAGGAAAAACUUGUUUUUAGUAAACUGUGGUAAAACCUGUAGAUGAAAGUACAACAAUAUUAUGUCUGAAUUUUGAUAUUUUGCAUUUGUCAAUAAAUAACUUUUUAUACAAA